AUGGGGGUCUUGUCAUUGCCUCAAGAUCUUGCAGAACUGAAGGCUUUGUGCAAGCAAGCCCCUUUUGGUCGGGGAUCUGAGACAGUGGUUGACCAGAAGAUCAGGCGAAGCAUGGAGACUCAAAAUGUGGACGUCCGAUGGGCUGAUCUUAAGCUUGUCUUGUCCAAAGUCCGUGCAGAGCUCUGCCCAGAUGUGGAUUUGGUUGCCAAGUUAUACAAGGUCUUGUUGUAUGAGCCAGGCGAUUUCUUCCAGCCCCAUGUAGAUAGCAAGGUUGGCGAUGAUCACAUCAUGACCCUCGUGGUGGACUGUGGGGCUGGCGACUGCAAAGGUGGAGAGCUUUGCUUUCCCAAGCGAGCUUCCCAGUGGCGCGAGCUGGAGAAAAUCGGGCGAGACAGGACCUGGCUCUCCGAAUCAGGAUCGUGGUGUUGCUUUUUUUCCUCUGAGCUUCACUGUGUGAAGGAGGUCACCGCAGGGCAUCGCGUCAUGGCGACUUUCAACGUUUUUGGGAGCCCAGCCCAGACAGAGAACUCCGAGACGGCUUUCCCCGGGAGUUCCACACAGAACUGCUUCUUGUCGUUGCCGCGGCAUGUGCAGCAGAAGAUUCUGCAACUUUGGCUCGGUGAGUUCAAGGAGCGCCUGCGAGCAGAAAUGGGGGACAAAGUCUUGCUUGGUAUACCAUUCCACAACAUGUACAGUUUCGACAGCUCAGGCGUCCUGAGGCCUCAUCAUUUGAGGGGGAGGGAUUGGCUCCUUUACAAAGCAGUGGUGGCUUUGGGAUGGCAUUGCCGCUUGGUGGAGUGCGCCGUGAGUUGCGAAACCUGCCAGAAUGAAAAGGGGCUUUCAAGAGCUCGUAUCGGCCAGGACAUGACUGAUCGCGGUGACUUUCAGGAAAACGGCUACUCGGGUUCCGCUGAGAUCCAGAUCCCCGAAAGGUUUCAAGCUUUGGCAGGGGCAACUACCUUGAGCCGGUCGGAGAUGCGUUUCUUGAUAGACACCAACGGGAUGCUAGAUUCUCCCGGGAGAGUACCCCACAUUGUUUGGCCAUUCCGGGGCGUCAAGUGGGCAGUUUCUCGGGCCUAUUUUGCCAAACGCCUGCUUGGAGAGUCUCAAUCCUGCGACAAGUCAGGCCCACUCUGGGGCAACGCCGGGCAAUUUCGCAUCUUUUAUUAUCGACGCGCAGCCUUACUCUGUGAGAUGGAACCCUGCGACCGCACUGAUCUUCGCAGCCUUGACCCUGAUUUCUAUGACCUUUGGAACAGUUUGUAA